AGCUUCUGUCUGGCAGCUUCCCCGGGGGGCUUCACGUUGUCCAGACAUAGUGCGAGCUCCGAGAGCCACACGAGCCGAGUCCCUAUCGUGCGCGCGAUAUGCUCCACCGGGACAUCAGCAUAAUCAGCGCCCGCCCGGCGAUACCUCCGCACCUUCAGCUGCCUGAGGGUGGGAAAGGCAACGCCCAAGUGUCGCAACAACUCGUCAUCUCCGUUGUCUUCGCGAUAUUCCAGUUCGAGACCGUGGAGAAGCGGAAGAUCGCAAUGGCGUAGAAUUCGUAGCACGUCAGACGACAGAAGAGGGGGUAGC